GAUUUGUCCAAAGCGUUGAUAUUCUUGCGGAAUGCGUUGGCCAUUCUGCAAGUGGUGACUGUGGACGACGUUCACGCCAAGUACCGUUCGGUAAUACUGUAUCAUUUAUCGGUGGUCUUACGAAUUAAAGGUUCGCUGGUGGACGCGAAAGAGGCUUGUGAUGUGAGUUGA